CUCAAACCAAAAAAGGAAACUAAAAACCUCAAGAAUGGCAUCUGAUCUCUUCAAUGGUUCGUGCAAAGUCUUCCUCUCCUUGAUUAUCUUCUCCUCCAUUUUUCAGUUCUCCUUUGUUAUUUCCACCGAGUUUCUUGUAGGAGGUGAGGAUGGUUGGACUAUUCCUAAGAAAGAUAGCCAAAUGUACAUUGACUGGGCCUCCAAAAACAGGUUUAAAGUUGACGACACUGCUCAAUUCAAGUACAACAAAGACUCAGUUCUGGUAGUGACUGAGGAAGAGUACCAAAAAUGCCGAUCUGCUCAUCCCUUGUUCUUCUCCAACAAUGGGGACUCUUUUUUCAAGUUGGACCGACCUGGUUUGUUCUAUUUCAUCAGUGGAGUUGCUGGGCAUUGUGAGAGAGGGCAGAAGAUGAUCAUCAAAGUGUUGGAGCUAGAAACCCCACCUCAGUCCGCAAAUGACACCAGUCCACCAUAUCAUAACAAUAAGAAAAAUGGUGCUGUUCAAAUGCCUCCUGCCAUUAUACCACCCAUCAUCGUUCUUUCUAACUUGUUUUUUCUAGGUUUUCUCUUUGUUUAAUGUUAUGGUGUCCUUGUUUUGUUAUAAUAAUUUCUUUCGGUGAUUAUGAACGAAACAUGAGACUAAAAUUUG